GAGAGAGAGAGAGAGAGAGAGAGAGCUCCUAACUCCUAACAAAAGCCAAAAUCUCUCUUCCCUCACAUAAGUUCCAUUUGAGGGGUGGGUGGCUCUUCUGUAUCAUGUGUUCUUCUUCUUCUUCACCAAAAGAUUUGGCAAAGAGCUAAAGAGGAACCUCUGUCCCUCACCAGAUUCUUGAGCUAGCUGGAUUCGGCAGGGAGAGACAGGAAGGAAGCAGAGGAGGAAAAAGCUCACACCUUGAGGAAGAAGGAAAAGGAUUGGAGAAUGAAUGGUCUCCCACAUCCCGAGCCGGACGACUUGGAGUUUGUUGAAGUUGAUCCCACUGGGAGAUACGGCAGGUACAAUGAGAUCCUCGGCAAAGGAGCUUCAAAGACAGUGUACAGAGCAUUUGAUGAGUAUGAAGGGAUUGAGGUUGCUUGGAACCAAGUCAAGCUCUACGAUUUCCUUCAGAGCCCCGAGGAUCUCGAGAGGCUUUACAGCGAAAUCCAUCUUCUCAAGACACUCAAGCACAAGAACAUCAUGAAGUUCUACACUUCCUGGGUGGACACGGCCAACAGGAACAUCAACUUUGUCACUGAGAUGUUCACUUCUGGGACUUUAAGGCAGUAUAGGUUGAAGCACAGGAGAGUGAGCAUUAGCGCAGUGAAGCAUUGGUGUAGGCAGAUCUUGAGAGGGCUUCUCUACCUCCACAGCCGUGACCCACCUGUGAUCCACAGAGAUCUCAAGUGUGAUAACAUCUUCGUCAAUGGGAACCAGGGAGAGGUCAAGAUCGGCGAUCUCGGCCUCGCUGCUAUUCUCCGUAAAUCCCAUGCCGCUCACUGUGUAGGGACACCGGAGUUUAUGGCUCCAGAAGUUUACGAGGAGGCAUACAAUGAGCUGGUUGAUAUAUAUUCCUUUGGGAUGUGCAUUCUGGAAAUGGUCACUUUCGAAUAUCCAUACAGUGAAUGCACUCACCCUGCUCAGAUCUAUAAGAAAGUCACAUCUGGGAAAAGGCCUGAUGCUUUGUACGAAGUGAAGGAUCCAGAAGUUCGGGAAUUUGUGGAGAAAUGCCUAGCGACGGUGUCUUUGAGGCUCUCUGCAAGGGAGCUCCUAGAAGACCCUUUUAUCCGACUGGAUGACUGUGACACAGACUUGAGGUCAAUGGACUAUGCAAGGGAAGUUGAUGAUUUGGGUCCCCUUAUAAGGGAACCAUACUUUCAUCAGAGUGACAGCCUAUAUGGUAAAGAUAAUGGAUAUGGCUAUUUAGCGCAGAAGGAAUGGGGUUAUCAUCCAGUGGUCGAGUUUGAAGCCAAUGGGAUCGAACUUUUUAACUAUCAUGAUGAUGAAGAUGAUGAUGAGCAGUCUGCAACUGUCGGUAUUUCCAUUAAAGGGAAGAGAAGAGAAGAUGGAAGUGUAUACUUAAGACUCAGAAUUGCCGAUAAAGAAGGUCGAGUUCGGAAUAUAUAUUUCUCCUUUGACAUUGAUAAUGAUACAGCACUCAGUGUUGCCACCGAGAUGGUUGCAGAACUGGACAUACAUGACCAAGAUGAGACCAAAAUAGCAGAUAUGAUCGAUGAUGAGAUAUCCUCACUGGUUCCUGAGUGGAGGCCUGGCCCUGGGAUCCAGGAAACACCUCGAUCCUCAAACAUGGGCUUCUGCCACAACUGCGCCUCCAAUCACACAUCCAUGGGCUCGCUCAUGGAAUUCCUGUCUCAUAACCUCGGGUCCAGAAAUUUGCACAUUCAGUGCUUGGGAUGUGCUUCAAUGCAUGGUCGAUUUGAGGAGAUCACUUACCAGGUCGAGGAGUCUGACCAUCUUGGGACUGGCAAUGGGCCCAUCGGUUCAAGGAGCCAGUUAGACUAUCGAGAAAUUUGGGAUCAGCAUGAGAGCCGUGAACUUAGUUCUGUCGGGUCUGAUCUUUGCUGUAAUCACACUGAUGAAGAGUGUGAAAAGUCAGACCAGUCAGUAGUACCAUCUAAAACCGAAGGACAGUCCAAGUUGGAGAAGGAACUUGAAUCAUUAGCAAGAGAUUGUUCGACUAUACAGAUAACAGGAUCGGGCUUCUUGAGGGUGCCUUCUUCUCAAGAGUUUCUGAAUGCUGGCAAGAACAGGAUCCUGCAGCAGCUCAGGUGGCUCGUAGUAGGGAAAUGAGGCUUGCUUCGAGAUCCUGGACCAGUUAUCGUGAGGAGAAUUUUGGUUUGAGUGGCAGCCCCAAUUCGGGAGCCCAAAGGGACCGAGAUUGUGAGGCGGUGAAUGAGGAGGGUUCCCGGGAUUGCCAGCUACUUUGCUUCCACAUUUUACUGGGGGACGGUCUCUCCUCCCGUCAAUGCUGUUCGUAUAAAAAUUUGUGACAAACACCAUUCUUUUGUAAAAUCGUCUCAUGCCAUAGAGGCUGUAUGAUUAUUGGAAUAUGAGUUGUAUACAUUGAAUUUUCGUGCCGGCAAUAGAUGCAAGAGUCCAUUGGAAAAGGUGGUUGUGCAUUA